AUGAAUCGAUCAAAAUCUUCUAUAUCAACUGAAUAUAAUAACUUGGGUCUACACUCUGGUGCUGCCGCAGGUAACCUUGGAUUGGUAAAAUUUGCAUUAGAUCAUGGUCAACCAAUCGAUUCCGUGUUGAACGGGGUCUUACCAAUCCAUGUCGCGUGUAUAAACGGAAACGUAUCUGUAGUACAAUACCUCAUUGAACGGGGUGCGGACGUGAACGCCCCAAGACUCUCACACAAAUUUAAUGGUACAGAAAAAAAUAGGGCAACGGAUCAGACAGUAGGAACAACUGGAUCAACCGCAUUACAUUUUGCUGCCGCGAACGGAUGUACUCAAACAGUUGAACUAUUAUUAAAAAAGGGUGCAAGGGUGGACGUUGCCGACAAAUACGGUUCAACUCCAUUAUCGGUAGCAAUGGCAAAAAAUCAUGCUGAUGUCAUUGAACUCUUGAAAAUAUAUGGUGCGAUUCAGGCCGCCGAGAAACAAAAAUUUAUAGUGAUGGACGCUUCUAGCUCUUCAAUACACAUCCCAACCACAACGAAAUCUUCGAAAAGUUCAAAAGACAAAUCAUCAAAAA